UGGGCGCUUGGGGAGGCGCGGGGCCGCGGCGGCGGGCAGGGGGCUCGGCGCGCCCGGGCGUCAGUCCGGCCGCGGCGACGGCGGCAGGAGUGUGUCCCGGCGCCGCCUGGGGCUGCGCUCGGCGCGCGGACUGUGAGGAGGAGGCGAGCGAGGCUGGCGCGGGAUCGGCGGCCGGACGCAUGGCUUAGGACGCCCCGCCGCCGCGCCCCAGCAUGGGGAAACUUCACUCGAAGCCGGCCGCCGUGUGCAAGCGCAGGGAGAGCCCGGAAGGUGACAGCUUUGCUGUGAGCGCUGCUUGGGCAAGGAAAGGCAUCGAGGAGUGGAUCGGGAGGCAGCGCUGUCCAGGCAGCGUCUCAGGACCCCGACAGCUGAGAUUGGCAGGCACUGUUGGUCGAGGCACUCGGGAGCUCGUGGGUGACACUUCCAGAGAGGCACUUGGUGAGGAGGACGAGGACGACUUCCAGCUAGAAGUGGCCCUGCCACCCGAGAAGACCGACAGCCUGGGCAGUGGAGAUGAGAAGAGGAUGGAGAAAGUGAAUGACCCUAGUCCCGGCUCCAAGAAGCAGCUGAAGUUUGAAGAGCUUCAGUGUGAUGUUUCUGUGGAGGAGGACAGCCGACAGGAAUGGACUUUUACUCUGUAUGACUUUGACAACAAUGGCAAAGUCACCCGUGAGGACAUCACCAGCUUGCUGCACACCAUCUAUGAGGUGGUUGACUCCUCUGUGAACCAUUCCCCCACAGCAAGCAAGACACUGCGGGUGAAGCUCACUGUGGCCCCCGAUGGGAGCCAGAGCAAGAGGAGUGUCCUUUUCAACCAUACUGACCUGCAGAGCACGAGGCCCCGAGCAGACACCAAGCCUGCUGAGGAACUUCGUGGCUGGGAGAAGAAGCAGCGAGCCCCUCUCAGGUUCCAGGGUGACAGCCACCUGGAGCAGCCGGGCUGCUACCACCAUUGCGUGGAUGAGAACAUUGAGAGGAGAAACCACUACCUAGACCUGGCGGGGAUAGAGAACUACGCGUCUCAGUUUGGGCCUGGCUCCCCUUCGGUGGCCCAGAAGUCAGAGCUGCCCCCUCGAAUCUCCAACCCCACUCGCUCUCGCUCCCACGAGCCAGAAGCUGCCCACAUCCCACACCGGAGGCCCCAAGGUGUGGACCCCGGCUCUUUCCACCUCCUUGAUACCCCAUUUGCCAAGGCAUCAGAGCUCCAGCAACGGCUUCGGGGUACUCAGGAUGGGAGCAAGCACUUUGUGAGAUCCCCCAAGGCCCAGGGCAAGAACAUGGGAAUGGGCCACGGGGCCAGAGGUGCAAGAAGCAAGCCCCCACUUGUGCCCACCACCCACACUGUGUCCCCCUCUGCCCACUUGGCCACCAGCCCAGCCCUCCUCCCCUCCCUGGCACCCCUGGGGCACAAGAAGCACAAGCAUCGACCCAAGGAGAACCAGGCCAGCUGCCGGGGCCUGCAGGCCCCACUGGCUGCAGGAGGCGCCACGGUCAUGGGUCGGGAGCAGGUCAGGGAGCUACCUGCUGUGGUGGUGUAUGAGAGCCAGGCUGGGCAGGCCGUCCAGAGACAUGAGCACCACCACCAUCACGAACAUCACCACCACUACCACCACUUCUACCAGCCCUAAGCCCCAGCAGGCCACCACAUGAAGGACCCACCCCCACGCCUUGAGGCAUUAUUAUUCUAUUAAUUAUUGUUAUUAUGACAAUUAUUGUUAUUAAUAAUUAUUGUUACUCCACUAAUAUUUAGCUAGCCUUCAUGUAGAAGAUAUAUGGAAACACAGAACUAAACUUUUAUUUAUAUGUUGUGGGGAUUAUAUAGCUCACCCAAGAAGUGACUCUGGGUUUGGAAGGGUCCCUGGGCUACCCCAGCUGCAGGGUCCACGCAGAUCUUCCCAAACCACAGGAGCCCUCGGCCCAGCUGCCCCACUUCUGCUCUUCCGGGAGCGCACCCUUGCCUGGCCAAGCUUCAGAGACCCUCAAGAGUUCCGGAGGACAACAGCUGCUACCUCUCAGUGUUAUUCCGGUCUGACUUUACCCUUAACCGACUGUCACUUGCUCCGGGGGCUUUUGGUGGACUGCAUCGCAGUGCCCUCCCUGCCCUCGUGUUUCCACACCUCAGCCUAGACCCUUAGCUGUGCUCUCUGGAGUUGCUGCCUCACCUUGGCCCACGCCAGCCCCAUCCUUUUUUUUUUCUGCCAUGCACAAUGUGGAAGCGCCCCUCUCCCCCCGUGCGCCCCCCUUUGCUUUUAAAGGAUGCACCUGUAUUUAAGGAUUGUCCUUGGAGCCAGCCUUCUCCUUUUGGAAACUGCUACAGAGAGAAGCAGCCACAUAAAGAAGCAUGGUUUCCCAAGAUGGCACCAUUGUAUGACGGAGGGUGUGAAACCUGAGUUUGCCAUCAGCAGAUACACUUUGUGGCUCUCUGGCAACCUUUGUAACUAUAGGUAGAUGCUGCCUGUCCGUGUCUCUGUAUCUUUCUAUAAAUACACUCUCAGGUAUCUUUGCUGGUGUGCAGAAAUCACUGUGCUGCUCUGUGGAAGCUCCUGCAACCCAGAUGUGCCCCGUGUGCUUCGUGUAAGGUCGCUCGUCCAUCAGACUCAGGCAGCCGCCUCCCUCUUAUAAGAGGUCAUUUAUUUGGGUUUGAAGUCUGCAGUUUUGGAGAAACCUGCUUGGGUGUAGAAGCUUAGAGUAGAAUAAGGAUAUCAGAUGAGACUGUGGGACAGCAUCCUUCACAGAGCAGGAUUUUAUCAAACAAGAGCUAGAGAAACCAGGAAAGGACCACUGUCAACACUGGAGCAAAGGCUGAGGGGCAGUGGAACCCAGAAUGGCACUAAGCUACCCCUACACCUGAAAGGUGAGGGUUGAAAGGCACCUGGAAGCUGUGACCUUCCUUCAGGGAAUGUAAGGGGAUGUGUGGAACCCCCAGGGGUGAAGUCCUGACUCUCUCCCCUGCCUCUUCCACAUCCUUCUGUAGUGGCAUCUGGUGACGGUCUUGGGAGCAGGGAGGAGUCUGGGUAUGGUCCCUGAGAGAGUCUGACCCCAGAAGGAAAUGAUCGCAGCUGUCUGCCCUGCCCCUUCGUCUCCCGGGUUUAGCAUGGUUGGUAAGCAUGGACUUCUGGGGGUAGUCAGCAUUAGUUGUUUUUAAGGUGUUCAUUUUCCUGGUUGCUGGUCUAAGUCCAGGGCCUGCAUCUGAGGCUCAGAGAGGCCGAGAACCUGCGGGAGUCACAUGGUAGGUGGCAGCGUUGCGUCCUAGUCGUCAGCAUCCCUAACACCGUGAAGGGUGUGAGCCCUGGCUUUUGCUCACGUGUAGUUGUGAGUUUCUGUUUGAUUAGAAUCCAGCUCACAGGAAGUGACUGUAUCCAAACCAAAUGGGCAAGGCAUUGUGGGAGCUGGCUUUGAGAUGACAGGCUCCAAUAUGAAUGAACCAGGGUUUUUGUUCCUGAGUUACUCCGUGUCAGUAGGCCUGAGCUACUGACAUUCUGGGUCCAGGACCAGGAGAAAAGAAUUUCUAGGAAACAAAAGCCUGAUGAGGAGUUGUGAAAGGCUGGGUUUGGAUCAGGUAGUCACCCCUGGACCAAUCACCAUGCCCCACCUGGUAUGUGACCACUUGCCACAGGAGGCAGGGUCAGCACUGAUAACAGCUGGGGCAGGGAGGAGGGAGAGACAGCCAGAAAACAAAACAAGGAAAAAAUAAAAACCCAGUGGACUCCAGGUCCAAAGUUGCCAUGAGCAACUGCCUAGGGAGUGGGAGCUGCUGGCUUUAGAACAUGGAUCCUCAGCCUAGGGAGGGAGAGCCCCCCUUCCUACUAACUUAAAAGUCAUCUUAUAAAAAUAGUACCGUGUUCACCUGUAAAAGCCCAUACAAGCUUAGAGUAAAAGGGAACUCACUAGGCUCCAUGCCAGCAUCCAGAUCCAGAUGCCCUGCAGGACCGUGGGUGCAGUGUAGUGGUUGGGGCAGAGACUGGCCAGGCUGCAGGGACUCAAGGCCCGACUCCCUUUCCUCAGCACGCAUUGUAAGUGAAAUACUCCCUCGUGAGCACUAUCCAGAUGCUGGCUGUCUUCAUUACUAGAAUAAAUGCAUUCUAUAGAAUAUAUCAAAUUUAAAUUUUGUUAAUUUAAAAAAAAAUUCAGAGUUUGAAGCAGUUGUGUAACGGUAACCUUGAACUCCCCAUCCAGAAGUUUCAAAUACUGACAUUUUGCACUAUUUCUUUCUGAUCUAUUUUUAAGAGAGAAAACCCGGCAGUUAUGUUCAGUCCCCUCCCCACCUUGUUCUUUUAUUUUUAUCCAAGGACCAGCAUAGCGUUCAUUCUUAGGCUCUUUUCUCUGCAGCCCAGUGCGCUUGGGGACCUCCCCCUGAGUCACUGAACUCUCUUCCCCCUAACAGCUGCUCAGCCCUCUCUUGCUCAGGGGCACUGUCACCUCCCGGCAGGCCUGUGGGUUGUCUCUCAUCCUUCGCCGUGACAUACUGCACAGAGGGUCCUUGUACGUAACUUGUCUCACUGCCUACUCUCGAGACAGAAAGUGGCAGAAGGUGUCAAUACAGAGCUGCUGGUUUCAAUAGCAAGUGUGGUGUCCGUUUUGAAGCUAUUGUAGGUGACCCCUUAAAAGUGGUUAUAGCAAAUAAUUAGGAGGCGCCAGAAGGAGAAAGGAGAGAGGGAGGAAGGUAGAGGAGAUGAAGUUGGAUCCUUUGUGUGGAUGUGACCCAGUUCCCCGGACAGAGCUGCUGCUUCUCUGUCCCCUGAGCUCUGAGCACCCAGCAUCCCUGGAGCCUAGAGAAGUAUCUCGGUUUGUUUGUUUGAUUGAUUGAUUGAUUCAAGGCAUCAUGGCCUUGAAGCUUUGAGCAGACUGCACUAGCUGUUUGGUGGGAGGGUGGAUAGCCACUGUGCUCUCACCUCCCCUUCUUGGGAACACCGCACACCCAGCCAUGCCAAUUAGGCAUUCUGGCAAAGGGCAUAGCCAGGACCUGUUUGACCUUCUCCUUUGCCCUGCAUUCACAUCUCAGAUUUCUCAGGUUGCUGCUGGGCCUGAGGAUCAAAAGCCAGAGAGGAGAAGAGGGGGGCUACCUGUCAAAAGUCAUUCUAACGAGCAGCUCCUGUGUCCCCUGACCUGGGCUAUAGAUGCCACCCAGCAGCCUCAGCUCUGUGUGAAGGUGCGGGCUGCCAGCCACACCCUAGGGGAUUGCACACUCCAAAUUCUCCAAAGCAACCUUGCCGUUUACCCAGGUUCACUCUAGCAACCAAUUUCCUGGUGUUGGCCUUGGUUUCCUACCAUUCCCAGUGCGGCAGCAGGGCUGUGUCUGUAGAGACGGUGGAGAUGCAUCAGUUACCUGCCUUACUGAUACUAGACGCAGGCACAGGCCACCCUUCCCAUCAUUAAACUCCCCCCACCUCACCUCAGAUUUCCCCUUCAUUUGGGGCUCUGAUCUGCUCUGAGGCAGCAGAACCUUGAAGCCAACCCCCAUUUUUCCCACUAUAUUUUCUUUUGGAGGGAUCCCAGUGUCCAGUAUGUGGUCCCAGGGAGUGACAGGGUUUAACUUAAACACCCGGCUUCCAGCUGACCCAGUCGGCCCUUUGCUCUCUCCCAGCCUUCCAAGCAAUCCUGCAACAUGGAGCUAAGAGUUAACUCACUGAGGCCCAGGCCCCUCCUGGUGUGACUUGAGAACAGGCUAGCCUUUCAGUGGAUGGAAGCUGCAUUCAGAACCACCUGGAGGAAGUUACAGAGGCCAGAUGCUGAUUUUGGAAGUCUGGGAUGUAGCCUGAUCAUUAAGAGCUCAGGAUCCCAGAUAGUAUCCUAUACAGCCAAGGUGAUACUCUGGAGUCUUGCAACAUCCCCUAGAUAACUUCUGGCGGCCUUUUGAGAGAAAUAUUUGAAUCCUAGGACUGAAGAAGCAUGUUAAAUAUAGACUCCCAGGCCCAAUCCUCUGGAUUAGGGGGGAUAGGUGAAUUAGGGUUAAGGUACAGGGACCGUGGUUUUUCAGAAGCUCCCACCCCUAGAAGUGGUGUUUCUGGCCCACAGGCCAUCCUGAGAAUUCUGAGAGCCCGUGUUUUGGCCCUGCCUCAAGGAGUAUGUGUAUUGGGUGAGAUAGGAGGGAGAUAAGGAGAGACACCCCCUCCUGUGCUGUAACAGGGACCCCAAAACUCCACAGAACUUAGAAUAAGUGACCAUAACCUAGGCAAAGGACCAGGCUGGAGGGCUCAGUACCUCUAUUUGUACGGGUAAAGUUUCCCUCCUAGCUGUGCUGCCAUUGCUUCUGACGAGCCCAUCUACACCAUUGCCACAAAGCCACAAACCUUCCAGAGAGCGGGACUUACUGAGAUCUAGUGGCCCCAUUGGCGUGGAUCACGUGACACUGGCAUGGACACAGACUUCACCCUCCACUUAAGAGGAGAUCUGGCCUUAAUAAGAUAGGCAUACACGUUUUAAAACGCCUCUUCCUGAUUCCUGCACUUGGCCUUGGAGCCCUGGGCCAAGGUUGACUUGGCAGCGUAGAGCUCAGUGUGGCCACCACUUUGUUUACAAGGUGCCAGGUCACGGUGAGAGCCAGCUUUGGCAGACCCCUCUCCCUAGGUAGAAAGGUGGAUGGGGAAACCAUUUGGGGCUUAGCUCUCAGAGUGAGAAGCAGAGACGGCCAAAGAUCUUAAAGGUUCCCAGGUUGACAGGGUUAUUCCUCACCUCCACCAGCGGUUUGAUGCCCUGUGUUAACUAGUGUUUCUCUGCUCGAUAUUUCUGAAAACAAAAUUCUGGACGCAUUCAUCAAAGCAGACCACAAAAUCUGUUCAUCCUUUUCCAACCAGGCUGUUCUUCCUGGAGCCUUAGCAAGUCCAGCAGAGGGCAGCAAGCAAUGCAUGCCUUCAAACCUGGUCCCGAGUUUCUGUCUUGUCUGCAACCCCCAAGUGGGGUUCUUUAGGGGGCCCCGUGUGUCUGUAGGUGGUUAGUGAAUAGGAGAGAGAGCAUGUUGGUGAAAGAGAUAAGGCACCCGCUGCAAGACAACAGGGAAGUUUAUGGCCUCAUGUCAAUCAUUGCAUCCUCCCUGCUGGUGUCCUAGGGAUAAAAGUGUGUCUAGCAAUGGCACUGCUAUCUUUUGAUUUUGUUUUGAAAAACAUACUUAAGAUGUAGCUCAGUGCUAGAGCUCUUGCGUAGCUUAUGUUUGGCCUUGGGUUUGCCCUCUAGAACAACAGCAACAACAAAAAGCCAAUAAAACAGCACAGCAAAAGCAAUAAUUUAGUUUAUUUGAAAAGAAACAAACCAUUACUGUGUUGUCUUUGCUUUUUUUCUGGCUGGUUGAUUGGUUGGUUCCCGCCUUCCCCCAGAACCAGUGACAAUUUAGUCAAAUGUUCUUUGUGGUUUUGAACAAUUGAUUGUGAUUGGACGAGAAGGAUCUUUCAACCAUAGACACAGGAGAAUCGAGAGACUUCAGUAGGCAAACUUGUUCAGACACUUGUCCCCAGAAGUCAACCCCAGACCAACUCAAGGCCUUUUUCCUACCUGAGGCACUUGCUGUCUACACAAAGGCACAGAUUCCUUCCAGAUACCCAGUACCUGGAACCUGGAGAGGGGCCGGACAAUUCAGUAGUAAGCCCUGGACCAUGUGCCCAUCUGUGGGAGAGGGCAGAUAGAGCAGGGAUAAGCCCAAGUUUCCCAGAGCUCUGGCCCACUCUCCCCCUUCCACUCAGUCUUCUUAGCUCCUAUGCUAACCCCCAACAGCUGGGGCAGUCCUAGAAAGGCCCAGCAUGUCUUGUUUGACUCAUUUCAGAGUUUCAAAGACUUUGAAUGAAUGUCCAAAAUCUAAAGCUUUCACUUAAAAAAAAAAAAUCAAGGCUUGUUUUUUCAUGAGAAUGAGAAACUCAAAAUCACCCUCCUCCAUACAGCAAUCUGUGGGAGCUGAGUAGUGUCUGACCCUUCAAGUAAUGUACAAGUCUCCCAGGGCCUGGGACCCAUCCCUGGCCAAGGCUUCCCAUCCUGGCCUAGCUGCCUUAGGGCUCAUGGUCUCAUACUGCCCCUCUCGCGGGGAGCUGAGCUGGAUCCAGGUGAGGGUGUGUUCCAGGCAUGAGAUGUCAUUCACAGGAAGGUGUCAGGGAGCUCUGGUGACCUUCACCACAUAACACAUUACUCAAGUGAACAAGGCUGGCCAUGGCAAAGCCCCAGAGGUGCAAUUGCCCCAAAGCAAGAUUGCUUUGUCAAGUAGCCUGACGAAAUCCACUCAGCUUUAAGCUCCUGGAUCUGUGAAGCUUCCAGCAAAAUAGGAGAUGGGAAAGGGGUGCCUGGACUGAUGCCACCCAGCUGCCCAGAAAUGGGAGCAGAAAGACUGCUGGCUGGUCUGGAGCGCUCAGCGCGGGCAGAGGACCCCAAUGCUGCCUGUCCUGCUGCAGCUUCUGUAGGUUCAGGAGACCGCCCCAGUUGGCAUGAUUGACGGUACACUGCUCAGUGACACUGAGCAAGUGACCUGGCUACUGGUAGAUACCUUGGUUUCCUGCUUUCUAAUGGGCUCAUCAGUUCCCACCUCACAGAACUCCUGUGAAGAUAGAUGGACCCACGGCUGUAAAGCUUCAGCACAGAGCAUUGCAUGUACGAGGCCUAUCAUAAACAGAAGCUUCUGUUAGGAGAAUAUGGCCCCCAGGAGACUGUGGGUGCUAUCCUGCCCUCGCCCCAACUGCAGAGGUCCUUCUGCCACAUUCUUGAGGGUCACCCUACCUGGCCUGUUGCUUUUCUUGACCAAAUCCCAUGGGGUUGUUCUUUUCCUCUCUACCUGGCUUGUGGGGACUCGGAAGAGCCACCAUGCAUCACCAUGAGUCUGCCCCAACCCUGGUCUCAGAGAGUGACAACUCUGAGCCUACAGAGGUGGAUAGGACUGGACGCUGGCAGCCUGUGGGGCCCUUCUUCAGAGAAAUAGCAGCCUUCUAAAGCUUUUGACUGAAUGGCCAGCAGGCAUUGACCGAGACUAGCCAGGACCACACCUUCUCCACGGGCCACCGUCACUGUCACUAGUUCAGGUAGUUUAAAGAGAAAGAGUUCUGGAGACCUUCCAGGCUUACCAACGGCCCUGAAGCUUGUGGAUCCUGCAGAACCCUUCCUUCUCAGUGUUGAUCAGUGUUUGUGGCUAGUUUGUGCUCAUUCAUCUCUGCAGUUGGUCUGCCAGGUUGCCUUGGACACUCCAUGUAUGAGUACUUACCUGCUGUUGCUGGGGACGUAGAGAGUGAGGUUCCCGCCAGCCUGUCAUGACACUGCCGUCAGCCAGCCAGUGCACAUUGCCCCGUGCAGUCACUUAGUUCCAGGAUACUGAUACUCACAUUGAGUGUGGCUAUAGGACCACAUCUCCAGCCUGGCAUUGACUCCUCGAGACAAUCCCAGCUUCCCCAUGCUCUAGGCCCAGGGACCAUUUUAAACAGUGAAAUCCCCAACACAGAGCAAAGCCCAGAAGGAAAUUGUGACAAAGACAUGUGUUUAUAAGAGGAGAGCUAGAACCGGAGACCAGGGUAUUGUCCUGUUCUUCCCAAGCUGGGCGUGAGCAGCCAGGCAGCCAGCAGCCAGCCAUUUCAAUGCUUUUCCAUGUUCGCGAAUGACCAUGAAAAUGCCCUAGAUAAUAACUUUGGAGUUGCACUCGAAGAUAGACAGGUUGCUAAAAGCACAGUACAGCACCUGUCAAGGAUGGAACCCUCUUUUCAGAUCUGUUUAUGUCAGUUAUGUGGUUUCCACCAAGUCUCUGUUCACCAGAGUCCAAGGACCCUGAUGAGUGCUAGUGAGAGGCCUGUACAGUGACUAAAGGAUUCAUACUCCUAGGCUCUUGCACAGCCUCUAGCCAGACCCAGCUGUGCCCGAUACCAGCCUGAGAAGCAUCUCUGGUGAUUGGCUUAGAAGCACAAGUAGGUAGUGGCAUUGCUGUGCCAGGAUCCUGCUGUCCAGCUCCUGUAGCAUGCUUGUUCUGUGUCCAGGAAGUUGGCACAGGCUGAAAACUGGGAGUAGUGUGGAUGUUUUGGGGGUGCAGAAGAGAGGAACAGUGGUGUUGAUGUUAUCUUGUGGGGUCUUAGCAGGGUACAUGUUACAGGGGCCCUGAGUGACCUGAGAGCCUGGGUGUGGUGUCCUAACUGAGGUCACUUGAUCCGACAUCCCCUGACUCUGACCACAAAGUGCAGCAUCUGGUUGUAAUGUGGUUGGUCUUGAGAUUCCAUGCCCAACCUUUCCAAGGCUGGCUUUCUUCCUUUUCCCUGAGCAUUGGCCUGUGCAUGCUACAGAUGUCUUACUAUGGUUUCCUUAUAACUCAUCAGUCUGUGGUUACAAGGAGCUGCCAAACUUGAGCAGGGUUUGAGAAGGAUUUUGGGCAGAGCACAGAGUUGGGCCUCACUGCUCAGAGAUGACCAUCUCAGACUCAGCUGGCCAUUCCCUGGACCACACCCACUCCAUGUUUAUCUCCAGAGUUCUCUGUCCAUGCUUUUCUAGUAUGUAGUAAUCAACAACUAUGUCAGGAAGUGUUCAAGUCCAUCAAAAGUGCUCACGAGAGGCAAAGCAGGCCCCAUCUUGAUAGGCUUUCACAGAACUCACAGGCCAGUGGGGUGGGGGCAGCUGUCACACAGUGGCAUCGCUACAGACUGGGAUGCCUUCUGUGGGGACAUGGAGGUCUAACGGCGCAUAACAGACUGAGGGUGUGAGAGAGUUAGAACCAUGCGUAGGUGAGACUGCAAGAUUGAUGAGGAAUUGGCCAGCUAGUAAUCCAGCCAAGACUCUGAGGCACUGGGUGAAUGGCUGGAGGCCAGUGUGGGUGAGUGGCGAGGGAACCAGCCAGGGUUGGUAGGGUCUGGAAGAGAGCCUGGUGGAUGGUGUCCUCUGGAACCUAAGAGACAUCAAAAAGUUGGAAGCUCAGCAGUGUAAGAUAGCAUACGCCAUUGGCUAGGGCAUGGUGAAAGGAUUGGAAACCACCCUGGACCGGGAGCUUCGUUGUAAGGCACAUGGUGACUCAGCACCACCUACUGUGGGUGUCUGGCGUGCUUCCCCACCAAGGUGCUCAGGAUACACUAGUCUGUCUCCAUCCUGGAUGGGAACUACUGCUCCUGGUGUGCAGGGGCGCGCUGCUCCAGAUCUAUCUGGUUGCUGCUGCUCCAGAUGGGCAGGGGCACGCUGCUCCAGAUGUGCAGGGGUGCGGCUGCUCCAGAUGUGCAGGGGUGCUGCAGCUCCAGAUGUGCAGGGGCACUGUCGCUCCAGAUUGCAGGGGCACUGUCGCUCCAGAUGUGCAGGGGCGCUGCUGCUCCUGAUGUGCAGGGGGCGCUGCUGCUCCAGAUGUGCAGGGGCACUGCUGGUCCUGGUAUGCAGGGGGCGCUGCUGCUCCUGAUAUGCAGGGGGCGCUGCUGCUCCAGAUGUGCAGGGGCACUGCUGCUCCUGAUGUGCAGGGGUGCGGCUGCUCCAGAUGUGCAGGGGUGCUGCAGCUCCAGAUGUGCAGGGGCACUGUCGCUCCAGAUUGCAGGGGCGCUGUCGCUCCAGAUGUGCAGGGGCGCUGCUGCUCCUGAUGUGCAGGGGGCGCUGCUGCUCCAGAUGUGCAGGGGCACUGCUGGUCCUGGUAUGCAGAGGGCGCUGCUGCUCCAGAUGUGCAGGGACAGUCUUUAAGUGCAGGAAGGAACAUAAAGCAAGGAUAGAGGCAGAAGAGGUAAAGAGAGGAGGGAGAGUGGGGAAGGUUAAGCAAAACUAGAGGUGUAUGGAGAAGCUCAUGAAAACCCAUUGCUUUGUAAGAUAAUUCAAAAUAAAUGUUUUGAAAAAGAA